CUGUUAAUGUGCCACAAUUCCCAUCAGCCAGGGCUAUUGAUCACGCUCGCGAUGGCUGAUGGGUGUUGGAGUCCAACGAUAGCUGGAGAGCUACUCCUGAGUGAAAGAUUGGGACCGUCGAGCACUACUUUUCCUGAUUCUGUUUAGCCAAGUUGGGACGGGGGCGCUGCGGGUGUAGAGGAGCUUCAUCUCUAUGGUUCGGCCCCUCGGAUGUUUUGGUUGUAACAGCAGCAGCGCGUGCGCCCAGGAGGAGCCGUUGGGCUCGAGGCAGUGCCGUCGUCAUGUCGGCGGCGAGAGGCUGCCUGGAGAAGCCGCAGAUCAUCGCGCACACGCAGCAGGGCUUGAGCCACACGGUCUUCGACUGCAAGUGGGUGCCCUGCAGCGCCCGCCUCGUCUGCCUGGGCAGCUUCCCGCGCGGCACCGGCGUCAUCCAGCUGUAUGAGCUGCAGGGCGGCAGCCUCAACCUUCUCCGCGAGAUUGAAAAAUCAAAGCCUAUUAAAUGUGGAACCUUUGGUGCUUCUUCCAUGCAGCAAAGAUAUCUAGCUACAGGAGAUUUUGGUGGAAAUCUAAACAUAUGGAAUUUGGAAGCUCCAGAAAUUCCAGUAUACUCCGUGAAGGGACAUAAAGAAAUCAUAAAUAGUAUUGAUGGUGUUGGUGGCUUAGGAAUCGGGGAAGGAGCACCAGAAAUUGUGACAGGAAGUCGCGAUGGGACUGUGAAGGUAUGGGACCCGAGACAAAAAGACAUUCCAGUUGCCAGUAUGGAACCAGCCCAAGGAGAGAGCAAGAGAGACUGCUGGACAGUUGCAUUUGGCAAUGCAUAUAAUCAAGAGGAGCGUGUUGUAUGUGCAGGCUAUGAUAAUGGGGAUAUCAAGUUGUUUGACCUUAGGAACAUGACAUUGCGAUGGGAGACCAACAUUAAGAAUGGGGUUUGCAGUGUUGAAUUUGACAGGAAAGAUAUAAAUAUGAACAAAUUGGUAGCUACAUCACUUGAAGGAAAGUUUCAUGUUUUUGACAUGAGGACUCAGCAUCCAACUAAAGGCUUUGCUUCAGUUUCAGAAAAGGCCCACAAGUCCACUAUGUGGCAAGUUCGUCACCUUCCACAGAACAGAGAUAUCUUUGUAACUAGUGGAGGAGCUGGAAACCUUCAUCUUUGGAAAUAUGAGUAUCCUGCACAGCGGUCUAAGGAAGAUUCAGAAGGAACUGAGAUGGGAGUAGCAGGUUCAGUUAGCCUUUUUCAGAAUGUGACACUGUCAACGCAGCCUAUUUCAAGCCUUGACUGGAGCCCUGACAAAAUUGGUCUCUGUGUCUGUGGUGCAUUUGACCAGACCCUGAGAGUACUCAUCAUCACUAAACUGAACAAGAUUUGACAAUGGAUUUCUAAGAAAAAAACAACGUAAGCAUUUCUAAACAAGACCCUUUUCGAAACUUAAUGGAAUUUCUUUAUGACCUCAUGCCACUCAACAAAAUGUAGAAAACCUUGUCUAGGAUGCUUUUUUUACCUCUUAGAAGUAGAUCAUACAUUUCUACAAAAUGUGCCUUCAGUUUUAGCACAUUAAAAACUUGUUUGUGCUUAACACACUUAAGUUUCAAGUGUCUUAUUUUUGUGGCAAUACCAGUUUGUUGACGCUUGUUUAAUUGUUUUUAAUCUGUAUUUUGUGUGUUCUUUGCCCACAAGAUCAUACCGUAUCCUGGAAAGCAACUUUUAGAACCAGCAAGUUUGUUGUUUGUUAGUUUGUUUGUCAGUAUGGGCUUGGAUUGCACUUACUUUGUGGAUUUAAAAUGAAUAGCUAUGUUUUAAUGGAAUAAAGGUUUAAUUUUUUUAGUGA